AUGGGCACUUCGCUAGGAUCAGAUCAAGUUCUUCGUGAAGAUUCUUCUCAUUCCGACAAUGGCAUGGAACAACAAGACCCCAGUGCUUCUUGCGAAGACCAAAGGUUGCCGACCGUAGGAGACAGGCCUUCAAAGGCUUCCGGAAAACAGAAACCACCUCCCUUGGAUUUGAAUAAAAUCGAGGGCUCACGCAGUUCGAGAAAACGGAAGUCACUGGCAUCUUUUGAUAACAUUGAUCUGGAAAGGCGGGAUUCUAUCCUAACCAAAAUCAGUCUUAAGAAUCUUAUCAAUAAGGAGAACUUCGAAGCUCUGCCGCUGGAGUCGAGAAGGAAGCUAAUCCAGUUACUUCCACUUUACGACCGAGUGCGCCCGCCACCCGGCAUAACUCUGGGCGACGAGACUGGGGAGGUUGCCAAAUCCUCUAACUGUGAUGGCAAUGCAGGCGACGGUGACACCACCACCGGGCCCUCUGUACCCUUACUCUGGGUCCACCCCACUGCUCUCAACAACGAGUUCCUCUCAAAGGCCCUGCAGGACUACUCGGCCCUGAGUCCGAUUGUCGCGGCGGCCACUGCUCCCAUGUCUGCUACCACCAAUAACUCUUCCAGUCUCCAAAAUGGCACUCCAAAGUCGGCCCCUGUUCCCACCUCACUUAGUCCUCCCUCCGGCGUCAAUUUAUUCUCUGCCACCGCCGAUGCAAGCACCGCCACUAACCUAACGGGGGAUGAAACUGAUACCCGGUCUGGAGCGUCUGCUGGCGCUGAUCAGACGUGGGAGUCUGUACCGAAACCUGGUUCUUCGAACCUGCUUCCCGGUCUGCGUAACAAUGACUCGGACCUCGUAGAAAUAGCCGUCCCACCAGACAAAAACCUAACUACCGACAUUAAACUCGCGACCCUGCCCUCUCCCACCACCGCUGUUAGUACUACCGCGUCUUCAGCCAGCGGUACAGGCAACCGCAAGCCUACCAACAGCGUUAAAAAACCCCUCACAAAGGGCCGACUGAAACGGCCCAGUAAGGCAGAAAUGGAGGAAAAGGGGCAAUUAGGCGACAUUCAGCGGAUAACCACCCGGCUCAGUCGAAAACGCAAAGCCUCCGCGCAUGCUGCUGCUUCGGCUGCGGCUACGGGUGCCUCUGCUGAGGCCAAAGAUGAGACCGUGUUUUCUACCUCAACCUCCUCCUCGCCUUCCCGAUCAGGGUCGUUGCUUCUUCCGUCCGAGCUCUUUCGGAUCGAUACGCGUCAACGAAGGCGGUUUGCCUCUACUACCACUGUCCCAUGUAAUCGUCCUGCCUCUCUCGCCGGUGACGAGCUUGAUUAUGAGGAUGACGUCGCUGAGGAGGCGGAUGACGAGAAUGAGGGUCCCCGCAACGCCACCCGAUCUCCCUCAACAACCACAUCUGAAGGUUACAGUCCGGUAGAGCUAGAAAGCCGCAAGCUGUCUUUCUCUCCUACCGAUGCUGCUGCUACUGCGGCGGCCUGUGCAGUGCCUGGUAAAGGCAACUCUGGUCGCAUCGAUUGGCCCACUAAGCCGACUCCUAGCGCACUGGUCACACCCUCCCGUCGCUUGAACAGUUGCCAGGUAAAGUUCUCAACUUUAUGCCGUUCGGCUUACAACUACUUUUUAUCCGCCUUUACACCUUCUAACGAGGCGCGACGUGCCUAUUGGGAUUCCUUAGGCGAAAAAAGCCCUGUAUUAUUGCGAGAUCAAACCGAAUAA